AUGCCCAUCAUCAACAUUACUGUUGACAGCUAUGCCGUCCUGGGUGUCAGCCGAGAUGCCGACAUCAAGGAGAUUAACGCUGUCUACAAGCAGCUUGCACUGAAGUCGCAUCCCGACAAGACCGGUGGCACUUAUGCUGCUACCGAACGUUUUCGCGAGGUCAAAGAUGCGGUUGAAACCCUUCGAGACCCUGUGCGCCGAAGCCAACUCGACCGCUCACUAAACAACCCCAAGUGGGCUCGAUGCGGGUCUGAAGGCGAUGAGACUGCAGGGGCAUACUAUGGCAAUCCUUACUCAAGGAAGAAAGGUCGUAACAGAAGGAGCCAUCGCAAUGCCGCACCCAGUCCCGAAAGUUCUAGACACCGCAACAACUUUGAUGCCCGCAACGACUCGGAUUACAUGCACAGUUUCGGCAAUAGCGUUCACAUGGACCCAAACUCUGCUGAGAACAUGGCCAGACGUGCACAGUUCAAAGCAGAGAAGGACCAGUGGGAACGUGAAUGGCAAGGAAUUGACCCCGAAAUGGAGAAGCUGCGUGCAGAAUACUACGAAGAGGAUAUGCGAAGCCGCAGAGCUGGUGACCUGGAUGACACGGCGAAGGAAGCUGGAGGUGGACUUGAUGACGACCUGUUCUACUCCCCCAGAUCAGACUUUAAUGUUUUCGGCACGUUUGAAAAAGAAUUGGAUGCUGGCACGGACAAAGGCGGCUCCAGGCCUGCCGACUUCAUGGACUCGCCUGACAUGGAAAAAGAGUUUGGUCAUAUUCUCGACAUGAAUGAGAAGGAUGGUAAACAUCCUUACUGGUCAAAGUCUUCAUCUAGCUCUGCUGGGCAUGAUUCCGCUAGGCAUAGUUCUGGACGCAAAGCUACCUACGAGGCUCGUUCUUCUUUCGACUCCACCAACUGUUCUUCCCACAAGCGUUUCGCCAGCUGCCAUUCCACCACCAGCUCGGUCGACAAAUUCUCAACUCAAAGCCACGCAGCCAAUACUGUUAAUGCCACCGAGAACUCAGUCAAAAACACAUUCACAGGCUUUGCAACUUCCGUCGACAUUUCCUCACCUCUACUUCCUAUCCACAACGACUCCGUUGAUGAUCCAUCCAACAAGGACUCAUACAUCAACUCCUAUCUGGGAAACUGCGAGGCCUUGAAGAACUUGGUGCCCUUCUUUGAACAGAAGGUUCGUGAGCACCCUGAGCAAUACACUGCCGAUGAUCUUUAUGGCGAGCUCAACGGAGUUGUCUUGGAGACCUACAACGGUUGGUUGGAGGGAAUGCGAAUGUCAUUCAGAGCUGCCAAGACCCGGAACAUUCUGAGGAAUCCAGCUGCCUGUGCUCACCUUGGAUCCUGGCAAAAGGAGCUAAACCGGGCAGAGUGUGAUCGGUGUCACCUCUGCAAGCCGCUGUAUGUUCUGACGUGCCCUGGGUGCGGUCUGAAGGCAUGCGUCCGGUGCAAGUUUACGGACGCUUACUUUGCGGAUAAGUGA